UCAACCGCUACGCAGGACUAGGCCAAGGCUUGGACGGAGGGAGAGGCAUCUUGUGCCCAGAGCCAUGGACUACCAGCAGAAACUGGCUGAAAAACUCACCAUCCUCAAUGAGAGAGGAAAUGGGGUGCUGAUACGAAUGAACUACAUUAAGAAGACAUGUGGAGAUCCCAAACUGCGGCCCUCCUUCCUGACAGAUAAGGCCAUGGAAUCUGCCAUCAAGUAUAUCAACAAGAAAUUCCCCAACAUCGACUACAGGGGAAACAUUCAAAAUCUGACCAGCAUCCAGCGACAGAAAUCAGAAGUGCUGUCCAACACAACGAGCUACUACGAAUCGUUCCUGGAUGUCAUUGAAUUCAGGUACUGCUCUUAUCAUGCCUAUACUGAAUGUGACCCUUACAGUGACCCCUCCUACCCUCGGCUGGGCCAGAUGUUUCUGGAGUAUGAUCAUCCCUGGAAGAAGCUCACGGAGGAGUUUGGCCCUCAUACAAAGGCUGUGACAACAGCAUUGCUUUCGCUGAAGAUGGUCUACCCACGGAGGAACCUGCCAGCAGAGCAGUGGCGAAGCGCCCAGCUCCUCAGCCUGCUCAGCGCUCCAGCUGCCAUGCUGGACUCAGCCUGUUGUGACACUAUGGCGUGCGAAUACCUGUCUAUGGAGACAAUGGAGCGUUGGAUUAUUAUUGGCUUCCUGCUGUGCCACAGCAGCCUGAAUUCAAACCAAGCCUCCCAGGAGCUGUGGAAGAUGGGCCUGCGAAGCGGCAUCUACCUGACCCUCACCAGAGAUGAAGUCCUCAACAUACACAAAGUGUCAGAGGACCUCUUCGACAACAUUAAAGGAUACAGCAAACGAAUCGCAGACAUCAAGGAAUGCCGUGAGCAUGUUUUAGUCAAUGGCGGGGCCAUGCACAGAGAGAGGCGGCAUUUCCUCAGAGGGGCAUUGAAGGAAUUAUGUAAAGUUCUGGAGGAUGAGCCUGGACUUCUGGGACCUAAGGCGCUGUUUGUCUUCAUGGCUCUUUCAUUUUCCCGUGACGAGAUCCUUUGGCUCGUCAGACACUCUGAGAAUAUGCCAAAGUUAAAGGUUCCCGAGGACUACAUUGACAAUCAGCUGGCUGAGUUGCUGUACUACAUGGAGAAAUUAAGAGGUCUAAUGAGAAAGUACAACAACGUAGUUCAGCGUUACCAUGUUCAGUACCUGGCACAGUUUGAUGCCUUAGUUCUCAACGACACCAUACAGAACAUGUACGUGUGUCCAGAGGAGGAGUCAGUCCUAAUGAGCUCGUUUGUUUCAACUCUCUCUGGUCUCUCAGUCAAACAAGUGGACAACAAAGAGGAGUUUGACUUCAGGGCUCUUAGAUUGGACUGGCUAAGAUUACAGGCCUACACAAGUGUGAAUAAGGCCCCCCUUCCGCUAAAGGACUAUCCCGACUUGGCGAAAGUGAUGAACUUGACGCAGUUUCACACGAAGAUGGUGGACGCUGUAGAAGAAAUGCUGUAUGAGACAUCUGAGCUGUCCAUCUUCUGCUUCUACCCUCGUGUCUUUGAGAAGAUGUUUACCCAGAGCAGCGAGGAGGCGACCAUGAAGCGUUACCUCAUGGCCUUCCCUUUGGUCUGUUCUCACUUCAGUCAGAGUGGAGACCCUCUCUGCCCAGAAGAGGUAGAGGCAAUGGAGAAGAGAAGUCUGCGCCUGUGUGUCACCUUCUUGGAGCAGAUAGCCAAGCAGACCAGCACUGUUGUGUUAGAGAUAUGUGCUGAGCAGCGCAACCUCUGCGAUCAGCUGCUGCCAAAGCACUGCGCGGAGACCAUCAGCGCUGCCCGAUACAGAAAGCAAAAAAAGCAGAUGCCAAAAAAAGGAGAGGUCCAAAAAGAAAAGCCAGGCGCUGAGAGCCUCAGGAAAGACAGGACGGUCGCUAACAACAUGGACAAGCUGCACCUGAUGCUGACAGAGCUCUGCUCCUGCUACAGUCUUUGCGGUGACUUUGUUGUUUUCGACCACAUCGUCGUCCCUACAGAGUUCCUCAUAUCUCAACUUGAGACGCGUCUUUCUGAAAUCAUCGUGAGAAUGACCAAUUACAACCAGACCACCCAGGAGAUUACCCGUCCCUCUGACCUCCUGGCAGGGAUAGGAGCCUAUGUAGCCAAUCUGCACAGCCUCUCGUGCUACAUCAACGUGGACGUCACCCGGCUGGUGAAGAGCGUACUGCUGCAGCAAACUCAGCCGCUCGACUCCCACGGAGGGCAGACUAUUACAACUCUCUACACAAACUGGUUCCUCGAGAGUCUUCUGCGCCAGGCUAGCAACUCCCUCAUCGUCCACUGUCCUACGCUGCACUGCUUUAUGAGCCAGGUUACUGACACUGAACCAAGUUUCAGAGCAGAGGAGUUCUCAGAUAUAUCAGGUGGAGAGAACGUGCUGAAGAGGAUGACCAUCAUCGGUGUGAUUCUGUCCUUCAGAGCCAUGGUCCAGGAAUGCCUGAAAGAUAUCCUGCAUAAGCACUGCCCCUACCUGACGGGACCCAUUCAGUGCCUGAGAGACUUCAGCAACCCCGAAGCUGACAUCCAGGUAACUCUGAGCAUAUAUGAGCUGGCUUCUGCUGCAGGGCUACCAUGUGAUAUCGAUCCUAGCCUCGUUGCAGCUAUUCGCAGCAUGCAGACAGAUAACACAUCCCCUGACGAGGAGCACAAGCUGUCCCGUUUGUUACUCGUCUACAUCGCCGUGUCCCUGCCCCUAUUAGCCCUCGACCCCAACUCGUUCUACAACCGAGAACACGGAGGCCACAACAACAACAUCCACUGUUUAGCUAGAGCUAUCAACCAGCUGGCUGCUGCCAUGUUCACCAUCCAGAACAAGAACAUCGAGCAGCAGCUCAAAGAGUUUCUCCUGCUGGCCUCGUCCACGCUGCUUCAGUUGGGACAAAACGUGGAGAGAAUGGAGAUCAAAAACCGAGAGUCCAUCUACCUGCUCCUGCACAUGAUCGUGGAGGAGUCUCCGUUCUUGAGCCAAGACAUGCUGGAGAGCUGCUUCCCGUACGUUCUCCUCCGAAAUGCCUACAGGGAGGUGUACAAGUCCUUCAUUGUGACUCUGGGCUGAAGAUCUUGUUAAAAAUACUUUUCUUUUAACAUUUAUUCAGAUUAAUUUAAUAUGUGCUGUACUUUUUUUGACAAUAUCAGUGUUAUAGCGCUCAGUUUACAUAAUAACCUUUUAAAAAAUCAUUUUGUAACAUCCAGUAUUAUACUUUAGAUACAUCAUGAGUACAAUAAUAUAUGUUUUUAAAAUGUAACCCCAUCCAUAUACAUAAAUCAUUGCAUACAUAGAUGCUGUAUAACAUUGUUUCUAACAACCUUUCCAUGAAUAAAGAGACAAUAAUACGCUUUUUGCCCUUUUAUUUCCAGUCUGUCCUUCAUCCUCACUUGC